AUGGCAAGUAGCUCAAAAGAAAGGUAAGAAUGUAUGCUGUAAUUCGGAAACUGAUUUGCAUUUCAAUGCUUUCAUUCUCAACGCCAUUUUGAUUGCUCGACCCCUGCUGUUUUUUUUCUGUUUAGCUCUUCUAAAGCGUGUUCUAAAAGCAGAAAAUGCAGCAAAAGUUGGUCACACAUUGCAAAGUGUGAUAAGAAAAAAGAACAUAGCAGAUUUUGGGAGAAAUCGGCGUUCUUUCAGGUGCAAAAUCACCAAGGGCAAUUGUCAAGUGAUAUCCAAGACACUGAGCUUAAAAAAGUAAAGGUUGACCUUGUCGAGCAACAGCUUGAGGAAAAACAAAACCAAGUCAGUUCGCUUGUGGCUGUAGCAGAGGAAAAAGUGGCUGUUGCUGGUACGUAUAAGUUACUUAUAAGUUACUUAUAAGUUACUUAUGUUUUCUAUGAGACUGUAAAAUUCAAAUGGGGACAAAUAUGGCUGACAGCCACAUUUGGCUGUCUUUUAAUAGCAAACAAUUGCCUACAAUAGUAAACCCACCGCCACUGGUCAAUAUUUAUGUCUUAUUUUACCAGAAUAAAAUUCCAUAUUAUAAUCUGCCUAUUUAUUUAUUUAUUUAUUUAUUCAUUUAGCUUUGCCAUAUUUCUACAGCACAGAAAUGAUUAUAUAUAAAAAUACACAUUAAAGCCUGGUUUCCAUUUAGUCGCAACUAUUGUGAACAUAUCAAGGUGACCGAUGUAAGGCCCUGCUUACAUGAGACCGUAACGAAGUCAAACCGGGACCAUUUUGUUUCGGUCAUAGUAUUAUCUAUAAUAGAUGUUCACAUGAAACCGAGACGAAAAUAACUGAGACCGGUCUGAAGUCAUUCCGCCUGCUGGACCGAACCGACUGACUUCACACCGGCACGAAUUCAGACCGAGAUGAAUGUAAACACAAAUACAUUUCAGACCGGUGUCGGCUGUAACCUUGACAUUGGAACAACACAUGCUAACAAAAGCCAUCUGAAAAAGAAAAUUGCCUGGCAAGGGGAAUAAAUUGAAAAUUUUGUGAUAUUCGUACCGGUCUCAUGUAAACAUGUUGACAAUUCGGUUUUAACUUAAUUUGCAGUUUAACUUCGUCCCGGUCUCAUGUAAAUGGGGCCUAAUAGAGUCUUGUUAUAUCUCUGCAAUACGUAAGACUGAUUUGCAUACAGCAAGCAGAAGACAAUUAGAUAGAUCCAGACUAUUUCACAUUGUUGAAGAUGACUUGGUCACGACAGUUACGACCAAACACAAACUAGGCUUAAGAAUAUAAAGAGUCACAAUUGGCAAGGUAUCCGCAACAGCAGUGCCAAUUACUGCGGGCCCAAUACAACAAAAUAAACAACCUUAAUUACAUAACACUUUUUGUUUGUGGAAACACCACGUAAAUUUAUUAAUGCAAAGCUUUCGAUCCGUAAGCCCGGAUUUUCAUCAGUGCUAAUAAUAAUAAUAAAUAAUAAAUUUAUUAAUUUAUUAAUUUAUUUUUAAUAAAUUUACGUGGUGUUUCCACAAACAAAAAUCUUAUAUAUUUUAUCACCAUGCAAUCAUACAAAGAACUUAUAACAUUAAUUACACUUAGAAAACAAUAAAAUCUCUAAGAAACAUACUUAAUACAAAUGUGAACAAAGUAAAUUGGUUUGUUUUAACAUCUCGACCGGUCUGUGUCAGUGUCGGUAGCAAUAGCAACAACAAUACACUUUGGAUGCAUAAGGAUUCAACUACCUGAAUUGAGCGAAGGCCUUUCAUCACUAACUUGCAUGUAUUUUCCAAGUGUAUUGUUGAUAUUAUCAAGACCUUAAAAUUAAAAUUGUUAUCAAUGCCUUUUUCCGCUUAUAGAAUGUGAUUUGCAAAAAUAUAUUCAGGAAAAGGAAGUUGCAGCACAAAAAGUUACUGAACAACAGCAGAAAUUAAGAAAUAUGACUCAGCAAUAUGGUAGAUUGAAAAUACUGUUUGACCGCAAAGACCAAUCUCAAACACGAAGAUGGAACACAAGUACCACGCAAGAGACCAUCACCAAUAAUAAAUCUGGUGUUCGCUACAGGAGACGAGGCAAAACCAAAGAUGCACUUGAAUUUAUUCAUGGUGGAGAAGAAGGUGCAUUAUUUGGUGCAUGGGAUUUUGUUUCGUCAAAUGCCCCAAAAGCUAUGAUGGAAGAUAUGAUUGGCAACUAUAGGCUGGGAAGAUAUUUAGAAGGAAUUGUAAGACUGUUAAAGAACUAA